UUCCUAAAAACGAAAACGACAAAAAGCAAAAACCGGGUCGAGACCGUUUCGUGAUCGGGGAGUUUUGUGCGGAAAUUUUUUGGUAAACUCGCGUUUCGUAUCUCGGGAAAGUAAGGAAAAACGCCUCCAGAUAGCAUAAAAACCGUUCGAAAUCAAUCGAUGCGUUAAGAAUUUAUGCUAUCAGUGCCAGUGAAUUGCAAUAACAAUCGAGCAGUAAAACGAUGAGCACGUCAAUUUCCGAACAGCAGCUGGUGAAAUUGUGCUUUGUUCUGAAGGACGGCAAACAGGUCGAAGAUGCCUCCGAGGACAUGCAGAUGGCUUAUUCCUCGGCACGGGAUCACAGCGUCGAGGAUCUGAUCAGCUGGUUGGACGAGAGUGAAUGUUUACGACUGCGAGCGGAUCAGCUCACCAAAAAGCACGUCUUCGUGUUUGAACAGUUCUCCGGAGCAGCUUACGAGAACAUCCGGCAGUCGAGUGCCGUUCUGAUUGGACCCCGGUGUUUGAUCAGCUGCUUUCUGGACAAUGAGGCGAUUCCCUUGGGAAAGUAUCCGGUGCUGACGACGGCCAUGAGGAAUUUAACGAUCUGCAGUUCUGGAUUGAAACCGGAGGAGAAGAACGAAAUCAGCCGGAUGGUGCACCAUAUGGGUGGAUAUUACCUGGAUAUUCUGAAUGCCAGCUGUACCCAUUUGGUGGCGUCGACGGUGAAAUCGAUCAAGUACGAAAAGGCCGCCGAGAUCAAGCUGAAGAUUAUGCACCCGGACUGGGUGAAGGAUGUUUGGGACCAGAGCCAGCAGAAGAUGAUCAGUGCAACGGAUUCCGUGUUCUCCAAGUAUGCCCUUCCGGUGUUCUACUCGUUGACGAUAACCUCCACCGGAUUGUCCACCCAGAAAAGGAACCAGAUAAAGCAACUGAUUGAGGACAACGGAGGAAAAUACAUCGGAGCGUUCAAGUCGGAAAUAACCGAUAUAUUGAUCCUGGAGAAGAACAGCGUGGGAUCGGCUAAAUUUCAAGGGGCCAUUCGAUGCAAGAAGGAGUGUCUUUCGCCGGCUUGGAUUGUGGACAGCGUUGAGGCAGGGUACGCUCUACCGGUCGCUAAAUACGAAAUUCGCGGGAUAAAGUCUUCCACUCCGACCAAGGACGAUGCUGGCCAACUGACGGCCGGGGAGUUCAAUCCGGACUGCACCCAGCUGUCGAUGAUCUCACACACGAAUAGCCGGAAUUUUACCGUGAAUGAAAGUAUGAUGAGUUCGACGGUUUCGCAUGCACAAGGGAAGGGCGGAGGAAGAGUUUCUACCGGGGAGGGACCAGCGCUUCCACGGAAGGCUAGUGCUGCAGAUCAACAGAAAAAGUACCGGGAGGUUUUGGCGCAGAUCAGUUUGUCUCAGGCCAAGAAGGCGGGUCCUUUCUUGGAUGGUUGUAAGAUUUAUCUGAGCGGCUUCGCAGCAGACGACAAGGAGAAGUUGAACAAAAUCCUCAACAGCGGUGGCGCGACUCGAUUCGACGAGCUCAGCGAUCGGAUCAGCCACAUGAUUGUAGGAGACCAUGUUCAGGCCGAUUUUCGAGAAAUCCGGGAACAGAAGCUAACCCCCCACAUCAUGACCCUGCAAUGGUUGGUUCGCUCUGUUGAACUCAAGGCACCGGCGCCGGAGGAUGACGAUUUGACCUUCCGUCCCAAUCUGAAGGACAUUGCUGAGGAGGAUAUCCCCGAACCGCCGUCCCCUGCUAGCAAGAAAAACCUACAAUCCAUGAACAGUACAUUCAAACGCCCCGAAGUGCCUCGCAAAUUGAUUCUGGAAGAUCCCAAGCCGGGACCCAGUCGGAUUUCACGAACCGAGGAUGACGUCUUGAAGCAAUACAUGGAGAAGAACACAUCCAUCCAAUUGCCACCGGCAGAGCCGAAGAAAUCCUCGACUCCAGCUGUUCCUCCGCCUAGUGGAUCAACGACGCAGGACUCGGAGAUGGAAUCUCAAUUCACGGAAUUCAUGUUCGGCAAAACAUUGUUCAUCUAUGGUUUUUCCGAAGAGGACGCCACGCAGAUCGUUUCCGACUGCGAGAACUGUGGGGGAACGAUUGUCGAUGAGAAUUAUACUGAUGUGGUAGAUUACAUAGUGAUUCCGACGUGCAGCGUAGGGGAGAUCACGUUCGGCGUCAAGGGUCGUGAAACGGUGAACUGCAUUUGGCUGGAGACUUCGAUCCAAGACGGGAUGUGCUACCCACUGGAGUACUACUUCGAACCGAUUCUGUACGGAGAGGACGAUCCUAAACCGCUGGAAGAUGAAGUGCUGGUGAUCAGCACGUAUUCCGGAGCCGAACGUAACUAUCUGAUUGCGUUGGGGGGUACUUUAGGGGCGAAAGUUGAGGAUCGGUUGGUGAGGAAGACGGCGCCGAUUGUGAUCUGCAAGGAAGCUUCCGGGGCUAAGUACGACGCCGCUAUCAAAUGGGACCUCACCGUAGUGAACGCAGAAUGGUUACGUGAGUGCUACAAGCAGAAGCGCCGUGUCAACGAGCAGCCCUUCCUGGUUGGAGCUUCCAAAUGUUCACCGAAGAAUAUCACUGAACCACCUCCCGCCGCUUCAAUCAGCACAAGUCGAAUGUCCGACUUGCCGGAGUUCUCGAAGAAUGCUUGCCUCCCGACGACAUCGACAGAUGAUGUGGACAUUGAUUCGGUAUUCGUACCUCCAGCAGCUCCGGAAACUUCUGCGACUACCACUUCUACUCUUGCAGCCGCUGAACGGCCCAAAGAUAAUCAACCAGGAAGUUACAAAUACAUUUCUGUCGAAAGUGCUAGUAAGGACACUUCCAAUGUAGAAUACGCCUUCAAACGUCUGCCGUCGCCGGAGCUCAAGAAAAUCAGCUACGAAGAACGUUUGGUUUACUCCCAGGAACUGCAAGAGUAUGGAGAGUUGAUUCAAUCACAGCUGAGUCAACGUAAGCCCUUCGAUCCAGGUCACGCCGUUGAAACUCCCCCUGCCUUGAAACAUCGUCGCCUUUCUGCUCUGACCGGAAUCAACUCCCCUGCCACUCCAACCUCGAACAACACUAGCGCAGGUUCGUCGGAGUACGAGCAGCUCAGCGUUACGCAACGCGUAAUGGAAUUCGAAACUCCAAUCCGCGACACUCUCUACAAGGUUCUGAAGGAAGCCGAAGAAAAGGAGCGAAACCUGUCUCCCCGAACGAAGAAAAUGAACGAACUGCUGGCCACACCCAGCGUUGGUAAUCCCGGACACGUUAAGACACCCUCCCUUCCGGAGUGUAUGACAAAACAAGUCACGCCCUAUGGAUUCCGACCGGACGCUGAUCAACAGAACCAUCUAUACCACAAGCGCAAACUGCAGGUUUGGGAUCAAUUCUACCAGCCAAAGCAGCAGAAGGAUCGCCGGAAGAGCACACCUUUGAGCGAGAUCAAGCGACGCUUCUGGAAGGAGAACCUCGGCGAAGAUUACGUAAACUACAUGGAAUCCAAGUACUCCUCCACGCAGUUCCAACCCUUUCAACCGGAUGAGCAGGAACAGCAAAAGCAGAGUUCGGCGACCGACGAGCGUGAAGAAGAGUGUCAACCAAGCACUUCCAAGGCAGGUUCCAGUCGAAGCAAGGAGGUGUUCCGAGCUAUCAACGAUACUAACGCUGCUAACGAGAGUGCCGUCGUUGGUGAGAAGCGAUCGCGUUCGGAUGAUGAUGAGGAAGACGAUGAAGGUGAUGACCAGAAUAUGAAUGUACGAAACGUGGAUGACGAAGAAGAUGGUCCACCAGCAGUUCCUUUGCGAGCCAACAACGUUGAAGACGAUCAGGUAAAGCGGCUGAGCGAUUUGAUAGCCAUGAAUAAGAACUCAGCAAAGAAGCAGAAGAAGUUUAAGGAGGACACUCAGUACACGGAAAUUCCCCGUUUCGAUUCAGAAAUGUUGGAUGCUCCGUACGCUCCUGCGGUCGGUUGGUGCGAUCCAACCGAGUUCGAUAGGGAACGUCGUUUUGGCAACGGUGCCACCGCAGGACCUUCGGCCGCACCCACUGGCUCCGACGCCGACCGGAAUCGAAUGAUCUUCAAAGGCAUACCGGUGUUCGCCCUUUCCGGGGUCAACGAUGAGCUGCGAACGGAGCUUAUGAAAAAAAUCAUACAGUUGAAAGGAGAGGUUUCCACCAAACCGAACGAGUACGAUCCGAUCUGCACGCACAUCUUGUGCAGUAAACCGAAUCGGGGAGAGAAGAUCCUAUCGGGAAUCGCCGCUGGCAAGUGGCUUCUUUGCACCCAGUACAUUGAUGAUAGUUGCAAAGCCGGGCACUUUUUGAAUGAGGAACAAUACGCCUGGGGAAAUCCCAAGGCAAAGGACCUGCCGUCACUUGAGCCGGCCGAAAAGCAAGUGGCCACCGCGGCCUACAACUGGCGGCAGAAGAUCUCCCUGGAAGCGGGCAAGCACGACGGGGUGUUCACCGGUUUCCGGGUUCUGCUCUUGGCCCCCAAGAAGCAGCAGUUCAUACGGCUGCUCCGAUCCGGGGGUGGACACGUCAUCGAGCAGGAACCCCCGUUCUGGGACAGCGAAAUGGCCAUGAUGGCAACGCACUGCUUCGUCGACGUGAAAAAGUCCAAGAUCAGUCCGCGGGACCACAAAGCGCUGGCCCAGGCCGGUAUCGCCGUGAUGAACAUCAUGUAUCUGAAUGCGUACCUCACGUCGGAGACGCUCCCGGAUCCGGCCAGGUAUCGGUUGGAAAUUUAAUUGUAGAGUUUAGGUAGGUAGUUAUUUAAUUAUUGUCGAAUUUUAUCACGAUUAAAAUGAUACUUGCUUCAUUACGAAAUGCAA